GAGGGCGCGGCUACGGCAAGAUGGCGGCGGCGGCGGCGGCGCUGCGGUGCGGGCGGCCGCCAUGGGCCUGGCGCCUCCUGGGCAGCGCCGCUGCCCUCGCGUGGGGGCAGCCGCUUAGGGCCUGGGCGACGCUGCCGCCGGCAGGUGCCCGGCGUGCUGCCCUGCUGCGGCCGCCCGCCGCCGGCGCGCAGGCCCGCGGGGCGCUGUCCGGCCCGUCGCCGGGCGGCCGCGGCGGCGAGCGGGCGGGCGCGCAGAGGAGGCUGGUGUCUUGGCGGUCGCUGGUGGCAACCUUCGUGCUGUGCGGAGGAUUGCUGGUGGCUAUGAAGAAAAUGAAGAAAACGAAAGAGGAAAAGCUGGAGAAAGAACGGAACCGAGGCAUUGGGAAACCACUACUGGGAGGGCCCUUCUCACUUGUCAGUCAUGAGGGACAGCCCAAAACCAACAAGGACUACCUUGGGCAGUGGGUGCUGAUCUACUUCGGCUUCACGCAUUGUCCUGAUAUCUGUCCUGAUGAACUGGAGAAAAUGAUUGAAGUAGUGGAAGAAAUUGAUGGAAUUCCAUCUUUGCCAAAUCUGACCCCGCUCUUCAUCACUAUUGAUCCUGAGAGGGACAAUGAAGAAGCUAUUGCCAGAUAUGUUAAAGAAUUUUCUCCUAAACUGAUUGGAUUGACUGGUACCAAAGAACAGAUUGAGCAAGUGGCCAAAGCUUACCGUGUAUAUUACAGCGAAGGUCCCAAAGAUGAAGACAGUGAUUACAUAGUGGAUCACACAAUAAUAAUGUAUCUCCUUGGGCCAGAUGGUGACUUUGUGGACUAUUAUGGCCAGAAUAAGAGGAGCUCUGAGGUUUCUGCUUCUAUUGCUGCUCACAUGAGAAAAUACAGAUCCUAAACCAGAAGAUUUCAAAGAUUGAUGCAAACAUCUACUGUUGGUUUGGCUGUAAUUGUGCAUUGUAUUCAGUGGAGUUACCAUUAUUAAAAUCAGUAAACAGCCUUCCCAACGGAUAUUAUUUGCAGCAAGAUUUCAGCAAUAAGAUGAAGCUUGGGACUUCUGUGAAACAUUUUGGGGAGCAAAAAAAUGGAAGUCAUUUGGAAGAGACCUCUGUAUCACUGGUAGAAUUACUUUGUAUCUUUUGGACAGUCAUUAGUGAAGGAUGAUCGCUCUAGGAAGGUGAUUACUUGAUGAAAAGCCACAUGAGCCAUGGCAUCCUUGGAGGACCUCUGCUGUUGUUUUUAUUCCUGCACUAUUUUGCCUGCUGGCAGAGGCACUUCCAAUAUUGUAAGCAGAAAGCCUUAAGAGUACUUUUUUAUUUAGGUUCAGACAAUGAAAAGUACUGAAAGCAUUAGCAGCUUGCACACAUGGGACCAGCCCUGUAAUCUACCUAAUCUUCCUAAUUAGAGCACAGAAGUGAAAUGUUUUUUCUUGACAAAUUUUCCUUUAUCCUUUAUGAACAUUAUUAUUAUAAUUGAACAUUAGCUGUGAAGGAAAAUAGUACUGGGUUGCAAAUACAUUUUUCUUCAGGUCUAAAUGGUUUGGUGCAUACUCUCAGCCUGACUUGUGCUAUGCUGAAUAAUGAAGUGGUGGGGAUGAAGGGGGCCUGUUUCCAUGCAUAGGGCUGUUGAUCAGAUAAAUUUUAUGCAAUGCUGCAUUUGAGAAUAAAAGACUGCUUUGUACAA